AAGUAGAAGAGAGAUUCCAAAAUCGGAAAUCUGAAGCUUUUGAUCGCGAGACAGAAAUGGAAGCACAACCACCUCCACCACCACCAUCACAGCAGCCACCGCCAUCGCCGCCACUAAACCAAUCAAUCAUGCAAAACGUAAUCACAGUUCUGACCUCAGGAAAAUUCUCUUCUUCUUUUCAAACUCAAGAACAACAGCUGAUUCAAUACAUACCAGACCUAAACCCAUCAUCCAUCCCAUCAAUACUAUCUUCACCACCACUCUCAUCAAAACCCACAACCCUACUUUCAUUCUUCAAAUGGUGUCAACAUCAUCUUCCAGAUUUCACAAAACCCAUUAACACUCUUCCAUCUCUACUCCUCAUUCUUCCUCCACUCAUUCGUUUCAGAAAACUCCCAGAAGUCAAAUCAUUACUUGUUUCAUUCAUUUCUAAAGAUAAGUCUAAUCAUCUCCUACUUAAUUCUCUGAUUCACCCACCAAAAUCUAAUCUUGUACCGCCCCCUUGUGUGUCUCUUUUGGAUACUGCAAUUGGAGCUUAUGUGCAGGAGAAUGAACCAGACAUUGCACUUCAAGUGUUUGAUAAAAUGAAGAGGGAUGGGCAUUGUCCGAAUCUUCGGACUUGUAAUACUCUGCUUGCUUCUUUGGUAAGUAAGAGUUCUUCAAUUUCAAUUUGUGAAAGUGUUUUUCGAGAGGCUAUUAAACUUGGGGUUGUUCCAGAUACAUUUACUUGUAAUAUUAUGAUUAAAGGGUAUUGCUCGAAAUCUAAGCUCAAGGAUGCAAUGGAGUUGAAAAUGAGGAUGGGUGAUGAGUUUGGGUGUUGUCCUGAUAAUGUGACUUAUAAUACGAUAUUAAGUGCUUAUUGUGAAAAGGGUUUAUUAGAUGAGGCUAGAGAUUUGCUUCUUGAUAUGAAGGAGAAAGGAUUGUCGCCGGAUAGGUGUACGUUUAAUACUUUGAUAAGUGGGUUUUGUGGGAUUGGGUGGAUGAAGGAUGCGGCGGAUACUGUUGAUUUGAUGAUAAGGGGUAAUCUUGCGCCAGAUGAGUUUACAUAUAAUACGUUGAUAAGUGGGUUAUGUAAGGAGGGUAAGAUAGAUAAGGCAUUUAGGGUUCUUGAUCAGAUGAAGAAUAUGAAAUUCACACCUGAUGCGGUUACUUAUUGUUCGUUAAUCAAAGGAUGUUUUAAGUGGAGGACAAGUUCUGAAGCAAUCAAACUUUUUGAAGAAAUGGGCAACAAGGGUGUGAAGCCAAAUAUAUAUACCCAUAACAUUAUUGUUCAAGGGUUGUGUAGAGAAGAGAAAUUGGAGGAAGCGAGGGAGUGGGUUAGGAAGAUGGAAGAAAGUGGGGUUUCUCCGGAUUGUGUUACUUACAAUACUUUGAUUAAUGGGUACAGUAAAGCAGGGGAUAUAUGGGAAGCCUAUGGAGUAAUUGAUGAGAUGCUUCUGAAAGGAUUAAAGCUGGAUAUUUUUACUCUCAACAAUGUUCUCCGCAUACUGUGUAAUGAGGGAAAACUCAAAGAGGCCUAUGAGUUGGUUUGUCGUGCCCCAGAGAAGGGUUAUGAUCUUGACGAGGUUAGCUAUGGUACAGUGAUCAAGGGCUAUUUUAAGGGAGACGACGUGGAUAACGCAUUGAAGCUUUGGGAUGAGAUGAAGAAGAAAGAGAUCCAUCCUGGUGUUGUGACCUACAAUGUAGUUAUUGGAGGUCUUUGCAAGGCAGGCAAGACUGAAGAAGCGGUAACCAAAUUAAAUGAACUACUAGACAGUGGAUUGGUUCCUGAUGAAGUUACAUACAGCACAUUGAUUCAUGGGUACUGCAAAGGAGGAGAUGUAGAGAAAGCACUUCGAUUCUACUUCAAAAUUGUUAGUGGGUCGUUCAAGACUGAUCUCAGUACAUUUAACAUGCUUCUUCAUGGACUAUGCAAAGCAGAGAAAGUAGACAAGGCUAUUAAGCUCUUUCAUGCUUGGUUUGCAAAAGAGAAAGUUGUUGAUGCCAUUACCUAUAAUACACUGAUUGUGGGACUUUGCAGAGGAGGCAAAUAUGAAGAUAUGUUGGAUUUUCUUUCGGAAAUGGAGGAGAAGAAACUAGGACCUGAUGGGUAUACUUACAAAGGUAUUGCACGUACGCUUGUAGAAUAUGGCCGAACUGAUGAAGCUCUAGAUUGUUUAUCCAAGAUCAAUGAAACUGGAAAAAUACCUUAUCGAGCUUGUUUUGCUGCUCUGGAGGAAACCAUCUCCCAAGGACUGCAGAAAGAGAAUUAUCAAGUAGUAGUUGCUUGUGACUCAGUAGAUCAGGAUUGUUCAAGUGAUACAACACGUUCAGAGCACAUCGAUGAGCUGUGUAAAGAAGGGGAUUUUAAAGAAGCUAACUGCGUUUUGGAAGAAGUGACCAUCUAUGAGCCAUCUAGAGAAGGGAAGUUGAAAGACGCUAACUGUGUUUUGGAAGAAAUGACCAACAAGGUGUUAAGCACGUAAUCCACCUAUAUUACCUUAUUAAUGAACAGGAUAACCUGGAGGAGGUAAACACAUCAAAAGUAGCGAUAUAAAUGUUUAAGCUGCUGAUGACUUGCUUCGAUGUAGCAACAUAAAUGCCUAAGCUAUUGAAGAGCUGCUUCCAUAUUCUUGCUGUUUCACCAUAACCCCAUGUUGCUGUGGAGGAAUAAUGUGAAAUAGGAACUCAAUAGGAAGUUUAUAACGGGAUUCUCUUUUUCUUGCAAAGAUUUAUCAAGUAGGUUCUGAGUAUGCUCAAGAUCUACGAAGAUUUCAGGUGAAUUCAGUUUUUCUUUUUCUUGUGAGAUUACUAGGUUGCUGCUAAUUAUUGUGAAAUAAUCAUGAUGAUGGUAAUAGAUUCUAGCAACCGCACGCAGUAGAUUUUCUUACAAUAUUUGUUGAUUCAGUGGAAUGAAAUAGGUUACUAGUGAUGGUAUAACAUCUAUUAUUGUAACAAGAUUAGUAUUUCUUAACAUUCUUCACUUAUUUCUUUUGAGUUUAGGAUAGCUAUGCACCAGGCCUUUAUGAUAUAAUGCAGUUGAUAAUUUGGA